AUGACGACCGAGGCCAAGACCGCCUUCAACCUCAAGGUGCUGCGGCGCCAUGACCCCACGAUAGUCGACAUCAUCGACUCGGCAUCCUUCGUGGUCCUCUACAACCACCAGUCCGAAUGGACAAAGACCGGAGUAGAGGGCCCAAUGUUCCUUUUCCGAAGGAACAAGGCGCCCUACCACGGCUUCUUCAUCCUCAACCGCAACGGCGUGGAGAACUUUUCGGCGGAUAUGACACCCGAUGAUGACCUCGAGAUCACGCCCGAGUUCAUCAUCUACCGGCCCGACAGCUCCAGCGAAAACGACGUCUACGGCAUUUGGAUCUUUGAGUCAUCGCAGCGCCUAAGCAUCGGAGAGCAGAUGCUUGCUCUGCAACAGAUGGCGUCGCCUCCGAGCAAGCCCGAGGCUGAGCUCGCGCCCGCACCAAGAGCGCCGCUGGCAGUGCAGGAAGCGUUCGUCGACCCAGGCGCUCCGGUCAACGGCGCUUCGACGGAAGCCGCCUCGACCCCUCAGGCCGAGCCGAUCAGCCUAGAUGCUCUCUUUGGCAGCCCCGCGCCUGCAGAGGCGCCCGUGGAACCCACACAGGCGGCGCACCAGGCGUCCCUGUUGAAUGUCCUCUUCCAGCAAGCUGCGAUCCAGUCGCCCGCAGGCGACACUCCCGCUGCCUCCGAGGAAGAAAAGACAGGUGCAGCGGGGCCCUCGUCAAGAACAGAGCCUUCCAAAGCCAACGGCUCGGAAGCCCCUAACUCGAACGGUUCGGCACAGAAUCUCUUGGCCUUGCUCGGCGUCAAGCCGGCGUCGGACGCUCCCGAUGCACCAGCGCCACCUUCUCCCGUGGCGGCCGCUUCCCGAAAGACCGCCGCCGAGGCAGCGACGCGGGCAGGGACUGACCACCAAGGGGACCAAGCAAUUGUCCCUCCUGCCGCGUCUCAUCGCGAGGGCGAAGGGUCAAAGUCGACCAACGACCAGCCAACGGUCCACGGAGGGCCUGCGCAGGCGCCAAAGAUGAGCGACCUGAUCGCCGACGGCGUCAAAGGCCGCAUCGGCCUCGGAGACGACGGUCAGCCGCUGUCACGGAGAGAGUUCAUCCGCGAGCUCCUGUCCCUCGUCCAUACCGACCCGGCGUUUGUCGACGAGAUCCACGGCAGCUACAUCGAGCAAGUGUCUCGAUGA